AUGACUACCAUCGAUACAUUUGGCAACAACCUUAGCAAAAAUUUUGAAAUUGUAAAUGACCUUCCUGUUGAGCAACAAUUGGAAACCAUUUUUAGAAACCGUAAUUCAAAAACUCCAACGGGACCGGAUCCAGUUGGCCUAGAGAUUUUACCAGAAUCGACCAAAAAAAGAUUGGAGGAUGAUAAUAUUGAAAUUUCUCAGGGCUAUCCUGAAAUUCCUCCCUCAGAAAAUAUUCCCAUUUAUGUUGAUGAGGUUUUGAAGAUAAGAAGUUUCGAAACACCCUAUGACGAUAGGGCAAAAAAUGCAGAUCCUGAGAAAAAGGCGCUCUUUGGUGCUGCAAAGGAAGUUAUUCACUUGACUAAAAACAUUGGCACGGAAAUUGUAGGUUUGCAACUUGUGGAUUUAACUGACGAACAAAAGAAUGAGUUAGCCCUGCUAGUAUCAGAAAGGGUUGUUGUUUUUUUUAGAAAUCAAAAAUUACCGCCUUCACAACAAAAGGCCCUUGGCAGUUAUUGGGGGAAAGUUGAAGUACAUCCACAAGCAACCCAUGUUAAUGGUAUUCCAGGUACAACAGUCUUAUGGAGUGACUAUAGUAAGAAAAAGGGAAACAAAGCCAACUUUGCAAAUAAUGGUUUACAGAACUGGGAUGUUUUGCGUUAUCAACAUCAAGGACCAUUUGCAUGGCAUACAGACUUGGUCCAUGAACUCCAACCAGCAGGCUAUACACAUUUACAUUUGGAUGCCAUUCCAUCUCUUGGAGGUGAUACCACAUGGGCUUCAGGAUAUGCAGCUUACGAUAAGUUGAGUGAUGAGUUCAAAAACUUUUUAGAUGGAAAGCAGGUUGAGCUCCAAUCCCUUCAUGGUUACAUUGACAGAAAUGACCCUUUAGGAGGUCCCAAACAGGUUUCCAGGGUUCACCCAUUGGUUAGAACCCACCCUGUGACUGGGUGGAAAUCUUUGUUCAUAAAUAGAGGCCAUAUAAAGAGAAUCAUCGGGGUAUCUCCAGUGGAAUCGGAUUUAAUUCUCAGCUACCUCUUUGAUAUCUUCGAGAAAAAUGCAGAUGUUCAAGUUAGGUUUAAUUGGCAACCUACUCAAGAGGGUUACGGAACUUCGGCUAUCUGGGACAAUAGAGUUUCGCAGCAUAAAAAUAUCUUUGACUAUGAAGGAGAUGAGCCUAGACACGGGACUAGAGUCACAACACUUGCAGAAGUCCCUUACUUCGACCCAAAUUCAAAGUCUCAAAGAGAAGCAUUAGGUAAACCAAUCUAUAAGUGGGAGUAA